GACUCAGGGUCAAACCCGGAGGCGUAGCCGAGGGGCGGACAUCGCUGAACUGGGCUUGCCAGAAGGGAAAGGUGGAAGGAGGACAAAGCGCAACAGCGCGCAAGACGUGAGGUAGGACUGUUAAUGCCCGCGCCCGUCGAGGUCGCGGCGGGGCGCACUGAGCGCUGAGUGGCUGGCAGGAGGCAGCGCAUCCGUUGGUCCGAGCCGGACGGGCGCCAAAGACCCACGGGGCAGAGGGAGUCCUUGAGCUGCUGCAAUAGAGCCGAUCUUGCAAUAGCGCCCUUAGCCUCGGAGGGAGCGGGGCCACGGCGGAGAGACGCUCAGCCCCUUCAGGCAGGCGCCCCGCUGAGCCUUUCCCUGGGAGCGUUUUGCAACCGGCUGAGGAGAAGAAAGCGGCGAGGAUUUCCGCGCGCUUCGUCCAUCUGUGCCGCUGGGGCGACUUCCUUGUUAGUUUUUCCACCGCUGGCUUUUCUUUUCUUUUUUUUUCCACGUUAACCUCUAUUUGAACAUGGCAAGGACAGUAUCUCCUGGAAGUGGAUUCAGUGUGGGAAAAAGCACAGGAAACCGCAGCUAAAUGACAGGAUGCGGGAGACUUAAGGAGAUAGCAGAGAGAGAGAGAGAGCCUAUUGCAAUCAACAAGACUUCUGGUGCUGCUGCUACUAUAGUUGCCGUCGCGGCUGGGUGGCUGAAUCAGUUUUCUGUUUCUAUUUAACUGGCCCUGCUGGAGGAGGAAUUAAGACCUAAGAGGAAUUCUGCAGAGAGGCUGGAUAAUCUUGUUCCUUUUUUCAGUCCUUCCACAUCGAAAGGAGAAGAUGGCCUGGGGACUAUUUUGGCACUGUGCAGCCCUCACAGUCACCCUUGGCAGGGCUUUGAAGAGCGAUCGAUGUGGUGAAAAUAUAAAAAUUUUAGAGCCUGGGUAUCUCACCUCUCCUGGCUAUCCUAAUAGUUAUCAUCCAAGCCAAAAAUGUGAAUGGUUGAUUCAAGCUCCUCAACCUCACCAGAGGAUUAUGAUCAACUUCAACCCACACUUUGAUUUAGAGGACAGAGAAUGCAAGUACGAUUAUGUUGAAGUGAUUGAUGGAGACAAUGCAAAUGGGCGAGUAUGGGGAAAGUUUUGCGGCAAGAUUGCCCCCCCACCUGUGAUAUCUACAGGACCAUACCUCUUAAUCAAGUUUGUCUCUGAUUAUGAAACUCACGGAGCAGGCUUUUCCAUUCGCUAUGAAAUUUUUAAAAGAGGACCAGAAUGCUCCAGAAACUUCACAUCUAUGACUGGUAUCAUCAAAUCGCCAGGAUUCCCUGAAAAAUAUCCCAAUAGCCUUGAAUGCACUUACAUUAUCUUUGCACCAAAGAUGUCAGAGAUUACCCUUGAAUUUGAAAGCUUUGAAUUGGAACCAGAUUCAAAUCCUCCAGGAGGCGCAUUCUGCCGUUAUGAUCGUUUAGAAAUCUGGGAUGGAUUCCCAGAAGUUGGUCCUCACAUUGGGCGAUAUUGUGGACAAAACACGCCCGGUCGUGUCCUCUCAUCAACAGGCAUUCUCUCCAUGGUUUUCUAUACUGACAGUGCAAUAGCAAAAGAAGGCUUCUCUGCAAACUACACUGUUGUCCAGAACAGUGUUUCAGAAGAUUUCCAGUGCAUGGAACCACUUGGCAUGGAAUCUGGUGAAAUUCAUUCUGACCAAAUUACUGCCUCUUCCCAGUAUAACCCCCAGUGGUCAUCUGAAAGGUCCCGUUUAAAUUAUCCUGAAAAUGGAUGGACACCUGAAAUUGAUUCUACUAGAGAAUGGAUACAGGUAGACGUAGGCGUUCUCCGCUUUGUAUCUGCCAUUGGGACUCAAGGAGCCAUCUCAAAAGAAACUAAAAAAAUGUAUUUUUUGAAAACAUAUCGAGUGGAUAUCAGCUCCAAUGGAGAAGACUGGAUAUCCAUUAAAGAUGGAAAUAAUAAACCUUUGCUAUUCAUGGGGAACACCAACCCAACUGAGGUUGUUUAUAGAUCCUUUCCCAAGCCAGUUCUGACACGUUUUGUUCGAAUCAAGCCUGUAAACUGGGAAACUGGGAUAUCACUGAGAUUUGAAAUUUACGGCUGUAAAAUUACUGAUUAUCCUUGCUCUGGCAUGCUGGGCAUGGUGUCUGGACUCAUCGCUGACUCUCAGAUCACGGCAUCAAAUGAACUGGAUCGGAACUGGAUUCCAGAAAAUGUUCGUCUUAUAACAAGUCGUGUAGGGUGGGCACUGCCAUCCCCCAUUGGUCACACAUAUACAAAAGAGUGGCUUCAAGUAGACCUUGGUGAAGAAAAGAUAGUCCGGGGCAUAAUUGUCCAGGGAGGUAAACACAGAGAAAACAAGGUCUUCAUGAGAAAAUUUAAGAUUGGAUACAGCUAUAACGGAUCAGACUGGAAAUGGAUUAUGGAUGCCAGCAAAAAGAAGGCCAAGAUUUUUGAAGGCAACACCAACUAUGAUACUCCUGAACUUCGCACUUUUGACCCUUUGACAACCAGAUUCAUCCGUGUUUACCCAGAAAGAGCCACCCAUGCUGGAUUGGGAUUAAGGUUGGAACUGCUGGGCUGUGAAAUUGAAGUUCCUACUUCAGUGCCAACCACUGCUGAUACCAGCCCUGUGGAUGAGUGUGAUGAUGACCAAGCCAACUGCUACAGUGGAACAGGUGAUGACUUCCAUUUGACAGGGAGUACCACAGCUACAAUCACAGAAAAGCCAGUGCCAACUGAUACUACAGUUCAGCCAGCCAUCCACUACUCCAUUACUGAAGAACUUCCCGCAUAUGGUUUCAACUGUGGAUUUGGCUACAGUUCUCAAAAGACAAUCUGUUGCUGGGAACACGAUGGACAGCUGGACUUGAGAUGGGCAGUCCUCACCAGCAAAACGGGGCCCAUUCAGGACCAUACAGGAGAUGGCAAUUUUAUUUACUCCCAAGCUGAUGAAAACCAAAAAGGCAAAAUUGUCCGCCUUAUCAGCCCCAUCAUCAACCUGCAAAAUUCUGCACUUUGCAUGACUUUCUGGUAUCAUAUGUCGGGCCCUCACGUCGGCAAGCUAAGAAUCAAACUGCGGUACCAGCCCCCUAAAGAAUAUGAUCAGGUCUUGUGGAUGCUAAGUGGACAUCAGGGGAACUGCUGGAAAGAAGGUCGGGUUCUUCUCCACAAAUCUGUGAAACAUUAUCAGGUAAUGGUGGAAGGAGAAAUAGGAAAGGGAAAUGGAGGAAUUGCAGUUGAUGAUAUUAACUUUGAUAGCCACAUAACACAGGAAGAAUGCCGAAAAUCAAAUGAUGCAGGGAAUGAAACAGUUGAAGUACAGCCAGAUAUUAAUCAAACAGAAUUUCCUCCUGAAUACCGUGAAAGUGGGGAGCCUUAUAAUGGCAACAUCUCCAGAAAGCCGGGCAAUGUGCUGAAAACACUUGACCCCAUUCUCAUCACCAUCAUCACUAUGAGUGCGCUGGGUGUGCUUCUGGGGGCCGUCUGUGGUGUUAUUCUGUACUGCGCCUGUUGGCACAAUGGGAUGUCUGAGAGGAACUUAUCUGCACUGGAGAACUACAAUUUCGAACUUGUGGAUGGUGUGAAAUUAAAAAAAGAUAAACAACACACAGAAUACUUACUCAGAGGCAUGAAGUCAGAGGAGGAGGAGGAGCUAAAACAUUUCAAACGAUUGAGACAGAAAGACAUAUCGCUAGCUUAUGCUGGGGAACUGUGGAUCUCCUUUUACUGUACAGGCUGAAAACUGCGUUGAAGACGCUGAGCCAAGCCUUUCUCAGGAGCUUCAGUGGGUGUAUCAAAUAUACUAAGACAUGGACAACAAUCUGUGUUAAACAAUCUGAAUCAUGUACAGUCUACUUCUGUUUCUGUUUUAAUUUGAAAUAUUCAAAUGCUGGUGUUGAGACCAAGUAUGAUUGACUUAAGAGGGGUGUUCUGUUUUGGUUUUCCCUUUUUUCUUCUUUCUUCUUCCCUUGGCUCCUCCUUCCUUUGUUUUCUUUCCUUCUGUCUCUCCACCCCACCCUGGGCCCAUAAGUACUUUUAUUUUUUUACUGUGCAAAAAUCCAAGAUGCUGUCAAAACAUGUAUUUUGGCAGGAGUCCUUUGGUUGGACAUCCUGUUUGUAGCUCAGUGCCCAGAAGGAAGAAUAUCAGAGUAACAGCAAUUUAAUGGAUUCCUGAUACUGUAUUUGUGUAUAAUUGCUUGUGUUGUGCAUAGGCAAAGGAGGGUUAGGGUGUUUGUUUUUGGGGGGGGGGAGGUACUGUAUGGUCAGUACUGGUAUAGUGUGUCAACUCUGUUAACCAAGCAAUACGGUCAGAAUUUAUUGGUGUUUCUCAGUGUUGUACUCCACUUUCGUGCUUGUGAAUUCCAUACAAGAGAUAUGUGCCAUCACCUACGAAUAACUGGCAAACCAAGCAUCCUGCAUCAAACUGUAACUAAAACAAAGCAAAAGUCCUUGGCACUGGCUAGUUUAUGUCCUCUCAAGUGCCUUUUUGUUGUAUUGCUCCUCAUUGGAUUAACAUUGAUUCCCUCUUUGUCUCUCUCUCUCUCUCUCUCUCUCUCUCUCUCCAGAGUCCUUGCCCUUAGUUCUUGUCCUGAGGGCUACUGACCAACAAAAAAGUAUAUUUUAGUGUAAGUAAAACCUUGGGAAGGGCAAGGGAUCACAAUACCUUAGCAACUGGGCAGCUAAUUCCUUCGCUUCCUGUUUUUUGAUUUAAUGUUGCUGAACCCUUGUUCUAAAAAGCCGCGGUUUUGUCCUGUCCUUCUGCCUUUUGUUGUUCUUUCACACAGAAUGUAUUUUCAGAUCUAAGGCCUCUCCCUUUCUUCUGCCUCUGAAAAGAUUGUUACAUAAGCAUUUGCCACUGUCAAGGUAAGGAAAAUGCAGCUUUAAUUUGCUGGUAAUGGCAAAACAAAAAAGGAUUUUAUUACAUUUUCGUCUUUUCUUUUAUUGCUGUAUUUUAAAAUAAGGGAAAUGUCUUAAUGUUACCUUCCAGAGUUGAACUUUGGGUUUCUUUUUAGCAACAUAAACUGACAGUAUCUUUUUUUUUCUCCUUUAGUAAGCCAUGAAGUAAGUCUUUUAAUUCUGUCCAAGAUAUUCAUAUAAAUUGAUGGCAUUGAGAAAUUGUUGUUGAUGUUGAAGAGCAAAGUGUUUUUCCAUCUACUCCUAGCUAUCCAAUUUAAGGGUAAUUAUUUCUGUGCAGGACUCAUUCAUGCUAAUGUAGAGGCAUACUAAUAUUGCUACAAAUAGUGCUGCAUUGGCUUUGCUAAUAGUGGCUUUGCUUUAAAAAAAGAUCAGUGUAUAACAUAUCCUAAACUGGACUUAAAAUAUGGCAGAAUGAGUACUCUUAGCAUUCUAAUGACAAGGGAAUUUGGGUCCUGAUGGUCCUUCUGUUCACUCAGGCAGCACAAUCUGUACAACGUAUGAAUUUCCUGAUUUAAUAUUGAAAGGCAAUGUCUAUGAAAAGAAACUGACAACAGUAGCCAUGUUUUAAGACUAAAUUAAUCUCCAAAAGACAGUUAGGUCUUAAACAUCUUAAAAGAUAACAAGCAUUCAGGGCAUCAUAAACUGAUUUUGUCACAUUGUUUUACAUGGUAUUCAAAUGCACCUUUGAUUAAAAAGAGUUGGUAUUCACCACACCGGAGCAAACAUUUAGCAACUCUGCUCUCGUUGUUGUAAAUAUGAGUUAUCAUCCAAAGAAGGUUUACUGAAGUAAAAUAUAUACCAUGAAAAAAAAAUCACCCUGAUGAAAGAAAGUAUACGAAUCAGUUGCUUAGUUAUUCAAUUUACACUGUAAUUGAAUGCUCUACUAGUUAAUUAUCCCAAAGAGAAGAUCAAAUGCAAAUAAUCUUUUUACUGCACUUAUUUCAUGUAUAUUUAGUUGCAUCAUGGAAUUAAUGACUCUACGUUAGGGUUGCUAAUCACGUGGGCAUCUUAAGAUCUGUGACAAAAGUGCAUACAAGCAUUAUUUAAGAGGGGCAGAUUUCAUUGCAAAGGCAUGUACUUCCUAGAAUUCAAAAAGUAACAGAUACAAUAUUAAUCUUGGUAUUGAAAAAGGAUUUUUUAACAAUUAGUGCACAUAUGAACCAAAUCUGCCUACUAAAUCAGUCUUUUGGUCUAUAUAAUGCAGUAUUGACUAUUCUGAUAGGCAGCAGUUCCCAGGAUUUCUCAAACUAAGUUUCAUCUUUCUUAAUUUACUUGUAUGAAAUGUUUUUAAAACUAGAGAUGCUGGUGACUGAAUCUUUGUAUAUAAAAAUGUGCUCUAACAUUGGACUUUUAUUACCAUUGGGUAUCAUCAAUUCAUUAUUCAACUCUUCAAUUACUUUCAGUCUAUUCUAUAGACCGUCUCUACUGAAGACCAUUGUGUUUGAGUUGAUAGUGGAUAAUAUGAAAGCUGCCUUUUUGAUUCAGGCAUGUGAGUAGUCACAUUAUGCUACUGUAGAACAGAUGAAAAGCAUACAUGGGUGAACCAUCCCAAUCACCACUCAUGAGUUGAGUACAAUCUGUACCAUUAUUGUGUUUACUUAGCACAAACAAAUGUAUUAGACAUUGUACAGAACCCAGAGUAGGCAUUUUCACUACAUCAGAGGAACUAGUGAGGGGAUGGAGAAUUUGUGACUGUCCAGAUGCUGGACUCCAAUUUCCAUUUACCUAAGUUAAUUAGACCAAUGAUAUUGUAGUACAACUUUCAGAAGACCACAGGUCUCACACUCUUAAUCUAAAAAUACAGUCCUGUUAAUAUUUAUUCACAAUAUGUCCCACUGUAUUCAGUGAGAUUUAAGGAAAAUCUGGCCCGGUUGCAUACGUGAAGAAAGUAGACACUGCCCUUUGACAAUACAAAACAUGUUAGCAUGAAUAGGCUCUGCAUAUAUCUUCUAUCCCUUCCCUUGUUAAAAGGAAAGUCACAUUCCUGGAACCCUAAGCUAAUUUUAAAAUAUUUCAAUUUGUUUAAAUGGCUGUGGGGUUAGUUACUUGUUUUCUUGUAGUUGGAACAGAAAAGUUUCAGCUGCAAUUGAUCUGACAUCACCACUGUGCACCCUCCAUUUGUUUCAAAAUGUGGUAGUUAGCUGAAGCAAAUGAAGGUGUAUAAGAGCAAAGCAUAGCCCAUUGCAACCUUUCAUUUUGUAAUUCCAUCCUAAUGCUGCUCUCCAAGCAAAGAAGUAUCUGUGACCAGGCAUCUGGUAACUGCAGUACUACAACAUCAUGGAAAGCAAAGAUCACAAUGUUUUUUUAGCACUGAGCAAAUACGCCAGAGCAGGUAUGUGAACUUAGCCAGAAAGCUACUUGUAUGAGCAAAAUAAGGAAACCCCGGUGAUGUAGCUGUUUAAUCCUGGAGCAGAAUGCUGGUUUCUGACUUCUUCAAGUAGAAAUUGAAUGAAAACUGCCCUUCAGCAAAAGAAAAAAAUGAUACUGAAACUUUAAAUGAAAAAAAAAAAUUCUUGCACUGAUAAAUAUAUUUAAGAAUUAUAUGUUUAUAAAGUUAUUGAUUUGUAAAGGCAGUGUUACAAAAUGUUCAGUUUAUAUUGUUUUAGAUUGUUUCAUAAUUUUGAAAGUGUAAAAUAACAUAUUUUUUUCUUUAUCAAAAAAAAACCUAUAAAAUUUCUUCUGUAGUAAAAUGAUUUCAUUUUACUGGUAUAUUAUUGCUUCAUGUUUUGUAUCAUUAUAAAUUUUGUGCAAAUUUUUUUACAGAAAUUUUUUAUUUUCUAUGACAAUAUGACACUUUUAAAUUGUUAUUUCAAAAUGAACAGCAAAGCCUUAACUUUAAAUGACGUUUGUAUUCUCGGACACUGAGUAGCAUUAAAAAAAAAGGAUUGAAUUGUAAUUUAAAUUUGCAGACAAUGACUACUACAUUCCAAAGAAACAGUUGAAUUAAACAUUUUCAUAAAAUA